AUGGCGACGACGCGCCAGCACAAACCAAGGCGGCCGCAGAGGGACAAUAGUGCGGCGUCCCAGCCUCGGCGCACACGCCCUUUCUCCAGGCCCCGCCCUUCCUGCGUCUCCCGAGUAACGGGCGGAGCGCAGCUUCCAGGUUACCGCCCUCUCAGCGGGCUUCUGAAGCUGGCUCACGUUCCCGAGCAGUCCUGUGGUUUGAAAUAUGAGGCCGCGCAGCCAUGUAAGCCCUCGGUCAAAUGGGACCUGGACUCGUCCACGGAUUAUGAGAUCCCGGCCAAGGUGACCUCGAGUUCCGCCGCCACUUGCUGCCCGAACUUCCGGCGCGACAGGCUCGAGCGCCGGCAGGAAGUCAGUGCAGGGCCCGGCCCGCAGGUCAUCUUCCUGCCGCCGCGGACCGCUCACCACCCGGUGCUCUUCAGCUUAAUGAAUUGCAGUGAAGUCGCUGUGAGAAAAGUCUUACCCAAGAGUCGUUUAUCUCAGGUGAUUAUGCAUGACAACCUCCAUGGUCAACGAACCUAUGAGUUACAGGAGCGAGCUUUGGAGAAGGCCAGGAAAAAGACGAGCCAGUGGUAUGAACAUCUGAAAAAAAAGUUCAUAGCAGACCAGAUGAGAAAAAUAGGGCACUGGAGACAGGAAUCCAUGAAAAUCCAGCCAUACUUGGAUAGCUUGAGGGUGUAUGAAAUCCAGAUGCAACUGAAUUCUUCUAAGAAGAGGCAGAAACACUAGUCAUGGCAGAAUGAUCUGUCCCAGGAACCCAAUGACAUCAAUUAGACCACGGGAGAACUAGAAAUGAGCCAGCUUACACCAUCAUAGACCAAUAAACCAACACCAUAGAGAGCAGGAACACAAAAAGCCCUCAGCAAUUAUAAUCUUCUUUUCCCUACCCUUCUGUAUUUCUGUGAAAGAGGUCCUGAUAGUCCCGUUGGUGCUUGAGUGGAAGAGAUGGAGUGGAUCCAGCCUCUAUGAUCAAUGCUAAUUAGCCUGUCAGUGCCUGUAUAAUCUCCCCUCCCUUCCCUACCCUUCCCCUCUCUUCUCUUCCCUUUCCUUCCUUUUCUCCUUCCUUUCUUUUUCCUAAUGGAAGGAAAGUAACUUUUAUGUUAUUAGGGCUUCAGUAUAUAGUUUAGGCUAGCCUUUAUUUAUUUUUGUCUCUUUGAGACAAGGUCUCUUAUGCAGUUCAGGCUGGUCUUGAGCUCACUUUGUAGCCUAGGCUGAUCUUGAACUCGUAAUCAUCCUCCUGCCUCAGCCUCCCAAGUGCUGGGAUUAUAGGCGUGAGCCACCACACCUGGUUUAGGCUGGCCUUUAACUCACUGUGUAGCCAAGGCUGAUCUCAAACUCACGGUGAUUGUUCUGCCUCAGCCUCCAAAGUGCUGAGACUACAGAAGGACGUAUGCCACCAUGCCCAGCCCCAUUUUAAGAAUGAGAAACAGGCUCAAAGAGUUGGAUAGUUAGUGAGAAAGACAAACCUAAGCCUGUCUCAUGUUGAAGUCCCUCUGGUACUCCACAUGUUAGGACUCUCUAUCUUUGUCACCACACGUGAAAGUAGAAGACACAGCACCUGGAGCACAGGUCAAAUCCUGGCUCUAGUCUCAGCUCCAUGAGUUCACAGAUGGUACUGUGGGGGCCUCAGUUUUAAUCUUGAUUAUAUGAGGUCGGCUGUUUAGCAACUGUUUAGCUCAAGCCCAAGUGUCCCUUCUAUUAGGUGACUGAAGAACUUGCCACCCCAUAUGGGGUGGAUAGGCUGUUAAAGAAAGUUAGGCUGGGUUAAGGAGAAGUAGAGAAGGGAGAUGCUUACACAUGAAGUGGAAAGGAAUAGGAUUACUUCCCUGUAAUUGUUAAAAGAUAUUCUCAACAGCAUUAUCAGGAAAUCUUUGCCAAAUAUCCCUUGUGUCAGAGCUCUAGGAUGAUAGCAGGGAAUAGGUGAAUGGUACUUUCCCCUAAAGAGAUCAAGUAUGCUUGAGUCCACCUUCAUUUCCUGUUGGAAAUACAUUUCAUUCACUUUACUAUCUUAGAGUACUUGGGAAAGCUUUUUGAUUGAAAAAACUUGCCUGGUGCACAGUAGACCUUAUUCCUUCCCUUUCCAGAUUUCUCCAUGAUCUGGAAGAAGAGGAAGGAAACUUCUAUUUACUGAGCACCUAUGUCAUGCAAAGCAUUGUCUAUCUCAAUUAAUUCCUCCUAACACUUGUCAGGCAUUGUACCAUUUUGCCUAUGAGAAAACCAAGGAACAGAGAGGUUAAUUUGCUUAUUCAAAGCUGGCUGGAAAUGCACAGGGUAAGCUCUUUCCGUGCCAGCACUUCCCCAGUACUCUUGAGCUUCAUUGUAAGCAUGAAGCUUAAAUUCAGCCAUGAGUGGCCUAAGGAACUGGCCUAGGAGAGCUGCCCAUAUUUUAAGUUUCCUAGAAAUGGCCCCUGGCCCUUGACUUUCUUUUCAUAACUACAGCUGUUGAGCAUAGCACUAAAUAACAGGAUAGAAGGAAGUCUGGGGCAAGGACCUACUAUACUGCUCUUGUGAUUGGUCCUAGUUCCCUGCUAUAGAUGAGCAAUGCAUUUAGAACUCUGGAUCAAGCUGGGGAUUUGGCUCAGCAGUGUAAGUGCCUGCCUGGCAAACACAAGGUCGAUCUCUGGUGCAAAACAAUAAUAAAAACUCUGGCUCUGUGGAUCCAGGGCAGCCUGCCAUUGGGGCUUGGCAGUUGCAAUUAGAGGAGCAAAUUGUCAGGGAUCAGGGGGAGGCAGGUAGCCACCCCAAUUGCUAAAAAUUGCCCUCAAAGUUCUUCACAUUUUUGCCUUAUUCAUCCACCCACCCAUCCAUCCAUCCAUCCAUCCAUCCAUCCAUCCAUCCAUCCAUCCUUCUACCUAUUCAUCCAUCCAUGUGGUCGGUACCUCAAUAGACAUUCAGAACACCAAGGUGGAGGAUGUGGUUUUCUGGCUUGCUGUGACUCUAGUUUUUCUUGAUUGGUGUGGACAAGAGGGGUGACCUGCAGCAUGCCAGUGUCUCUGCUCUGGUUCACUUUGAUCUUGAGCAAGUCACCUCUCCACUCAGAAAGUAGGGAUAUGCAUGAAACUGUCCUGUACAGAGCCUUUCCUAUUUUAUAGGUGGGGAACUGAGACUGGGAGUGCGGAACUGACUUGCCAGAGUCAUGUAAGGAAUUGUGUGGCCUGGGACCAUUUCCAGGAUGCUGCCACUAACUUUUUAAAAUUUCAUUUAAAAGGAAAAAGAGAAAACAAAACAAAAUAAAACAAAGUGGUGUCAGGGUACAAGUAAUACAGAACUAAAGAAAAAAAAAACAGUAAGAAAUCUCCAGUUAAUAGAUUACACAUUAUCAUCUUAGAGAUAGUUGCUCAAGUCACAGUAUCAAAGCAUACAAAGUGGACAUUCAAACAGUGAGACUGCAAACAGUUGUGUUCAAUGAUCCAACCAAAAACAUUAAUAUGGUCAUCUAUUAAACGCCCCUAAACACACUUGCAGUUGUAUCCUUUACAGUACUUUUUUUUACAACAAAAUUUAGACAUUUUGGGUUUUAUUACUCCUUAGUUCUUAUUAAUUUUCUUGGAAGAGAAUAAAGUCAAAUAUAGCAAAACAGCUGUCACUCAAAACCAAGGAUAGACAUAGCACAUGAUGUAAAAACAGAGUACAAGGUUAUCAACAAUGGUUACCAUAAUGCCUCUUGCUUCCUUAAAAAGAAUUGUCUAUUUCAUUAGGUAUUAUAAAGUUGAACAAAACAGUAGAGAACAAGACCAAUAAAACCUAAACCUUGUAAACAUUACAGGACUUCCAAAGAAGAUAAUAGUCAAACCAGAAUGGGCAUCAUAGUGAAUCUUAUUGCCUUCAAAGUAGUUGCCUAUACACUCAAACUUGAUACUAUUAUACAGAAUGGAACAGAGUCUAAUCAGUCAAAACAAGAUAGUGGGAGUAUUACAGGACUUCAAAUCAAGUCAAUAGGAAAUCAAAAAAGUUACUAUAAUAUAUCCUACUAAUUUUUUGACUUUUCCCCUUAAUUAAAAAAAAUAUAAAAAUUAACUAAAUAAUUUUUUUAAUGAAUAAGGGAGAGAUUGAGAUAAAAGGGGACAUAACAACAUAACAAUACAGGUCAAAGCAUGACAGUUUCAGCAACCUAGUGCUUCACCACCAAAUAACCCGACUUAAUAGUAAUUACCAUAGUGUCUUUUUCCUUGAAAUAUUUAAAUAUAACUUCAUAUACUGUAGCUUCAAACAUAUCAAGUCAGUGUAAAACCAUUCAAGUGGAUGAAAGCGUUGUAGGGUAUUUAGAACCAGCUAACAGAAAACGAACAAUGGUUUCUAUAUUAUCUCUUUGCCUAUAACAAUUUUUGUUUAUACUAUCACAUAUAAUAAAAUCCAGCAAGAUACAUCAUGAUAAAACCAAUGGAGACAGAAGAGCCAUAGCUUGGUGGGGCUUCAAAACAAGAUGAUAGUAAAUCAGCACUAGCUAUUAUGAUGACUUAUUUUCUUCAAAAUAGCUGUUCAUUUCAUCACAGUAAUCACAAUAAUAUCAAGCAGCCCAGAAUAAAGUCAUUCCAAUUAAUAAGUGAAAACUUUAUAAGGCUUCAAGGCCACAUAAUGGGGAAUCAUGAUUACCACAUACUUUUAUAUAUUUGAAUCAUUACUUAGGGAAACUAUUCGGUAUUCACACAUGCGCGAUUGAUUUAUUUCACUAAUGAGUAUGGUCUCAAGCUGCGCCCAUUUAUUGAUAAAUAUCUCAAGGUGAUCCUUCUUUAUAGCUGAGUAAUACUCCAUUGUAUAGAAAUACCACAACUUUUUUUCCAUUCCUCAGUUGAUGGACACUUGGGUUGUUUCCAAGAUCUGGCAAUUACAAAUUGUGCUGCUAUAAACAUAGGUGCACAUAUAUCACUGUGGUAUGAUGCUUUUAGUUCUUCUGGGAAUAUGCCUAGAAGUGGAAUAGCUGGAACAAAUGGGACUUCCAAUCCCAGCUUUUUGAGAAAUCUCCAGACUGACCUCCACAAAGGUUGUACCAGUCUACACUCCCACCAACAGUGUAGGAGAAUUCCUUUUCCCCCACAGCCUCUCCAGCAUUUGUUGUCGGUUUUCUUGAUCCUGGCCAUUCUUUCAGGAGUGAGAUGGAAUCUCAGUGUUGUUUUAAUUUGCAUUUCUCUAAUGACCAAUGAUGCUGAACAUUUUUUCAUGUGUUUAUUUGCUAUCUGUAUUUCUUCAUCUGAGAAGUGCGUAUUCAUCUCAGAUGUCCAAUUUUGGAUUGGAUCUUUGAAUUUUGGGGGUCUUAUUUUUUAAAAUUUUCUUAUAUGUUUUAGACAAAAGUCCCUUGUCUGAGGGGGAGUUCACUAAGAUCUUUUCCCAGUUUGUGGGUUUUCUUUUCACUAUGCUGGAGAUUUCUUUUGACAUGCAGAAACUUUUUAAUAAGAGGUGGUCCCAGUUAUUGAUUCUGGGAAGUAUUUCCCGUGUGGUUUGAGUCCUGUUCAUGAAUUCUCUACCUACCCUUAUGUCUUCAAGGUUUCUACCCAAUUUGUCUUCCAAUAGAUUUAGUGUUUCUGUUUUAAUAUUCAGAUCUUUGAUCCAUUUAGAUUUUAAUUUAGUACAUGGUGAUAGGCAUGGGUAGUUUUUGGCAAAUGGAGAGCCAGUUUUUCCAACACCAUUUAUUAAAGAGACUGUCGUUCUUCCAGUGAACCUGCUUGGCUCCUUUAUCAAAGAUAAGGUGGUUGAGUGUGUUUGUAGUUGUGGUUGUUUCUUCUAGUCUAUUCCAUUGAUCUUCGGCUCUGUUUUGAUUCCAGUAUCAUGCUGAUUUUACUACUAUUGCUUUGUAGUAUAACUUCAAGUCAGGGAUUGUGAUGCCUCCUGCCUUGCCUUUGCUGCUUAGAAUUGCCUUUGCUAUUCUAGGUCUCUUCUGGUUCCAGAUGAAUUUUAGGAGUGAUUUCUUUAGAUUUAUAAGGUAUGUUGAUGAUAUUUUUUAUUGGGAUUUCAUUGAAUCUGUAUAACAGUUUUGGGAGAAUGGCCAUUUUCACAAUGUUUGUUCUUCCUAUCCAUGAGCAAGGGGAUGUCUUUCCGUUUUCUGAGAUCAUCUUCAAUUUCUUUUUUCAGUGUAUUAUAAUUUUCCCUGUAUAGGUCUUUCACUUCUUUCGUAAGAGUAAUUCCUAAAUAUUUCAUUUUUUUGCUUACUAGUGUGAAGGGUGUGGUU